AUGGGUAACGCACACCGACAUCACCUCAAACACCGUUUUCCCCUCCCUCACAACAUGGUUCCUACUCCUCCACAUAAAUUCGGUCCCUCUCAUCCUCCUGAUAAUCUACCAAACCAAAACCAAGGUAGUUCCGAUUCCAACAUCAACAUGAUCUCUUUACCUUACGCCAACGCCGACACCACUCUCCGGUCACUCGCCGCUCAAGCUGAAGGCUACGGCCGCUUCGCCAUCGGUGGACUUCAUGGUUCUCUUUAUCACGUCACAUCACUCUUAGAUGAUGGACCGGGAUCAUUGCGUGAGGCUUGUCGUAGAAAGGAACCGUUGUGGAUUGUGUUUGAGGUUUCGGGUACAAUUCAUCUUUCGUCUUACCUGAGUGUGUCAUCUUACAAGACGGUUGAUGGGAGGGGGCAAAGGAUUAAGCUGACUGGAAAGGGUUUUAAGCUGAAGCAAUGUGAACAUGUAAUCAUUUGUAAUUUGGAGGUUGAAGGAGGUAGAGGACAUGAUGUGGAUGCUAUUCAGAUCAAACCUAAUUCUAAACAUAUAUGGAUAGAUCGUUGCACUUUGAGUGAUUGUGAAGAUGGGCUCAUAGAUAUCACUCGAGGAAGCACUGAAAUUACUAUUUCAAGGUGUCAUUUUCAUAAUCAUGACAAAACAAUACUUAUUGGAUCAGAUCCCUCACAUGUUGAUGAUAGAUGCAUAAAGGUCACCAUACACCACUGUUUUUUCAACGGUACUCGACAGAGGCAUCCUCGUGUUAGGUUUGCAAAAGUACAUCUGUACAAUAACUACAGCAGAAACUGGGGUAUAUAUGCUGUUUGUGCAAGUGUGGAAUCCCAGAUAUUCUCUCAACAUAAUAUCUAUGAAGCCGGCCAGAAGAAGGUUGCUUUUAAGUAUCUUCACGAGAAGGCAGCAGACAAGGACGCCGAAGCAACUGGUCACAUAAUCUCUGAAGGAGACAUAUUUUUAAAUGGUGCUCAACCAGGGUUGAUGACAGGGAACGUUGGGGUCAAAGUGUUUCAUCCGAGUGAACAUUAUAUCACAUGGACGGUGGAACCUCCAACAGAUGAUCUAAAGCAAGUUCUUCAACACUACACUGGAUGGCAAUCUGUUGCGCGGCCAGGGGAUCAAACCAUUUGCGCAGAAUAG